CGCAUGUGCAUAAGCCUGUUUAUCCUGGAUCUGACAUUCAGGUCAGCAGGUAAAGCAGGUAAAACACUGUUACAAAUUAAGGCUUGACUGUGAAUUUAAAGCCACAACAAAUGGCAUCCAAUUUUGAGAGUUCGAUUCAGAGAGGAUCAGAUUUGUUCUUUGACUUUCCAUGCUUUACUUGCCAGGAAAAUGAUAGAAACACAGAGGCUGCAUUUUAUUGUCCACAGUGUUCCAAGUUCUACUGUUGCAAUUGUGUUGAACACCAUAAUAAUCUUUACAAAAAGCACUCAACUUUGGGAAAAGACAAGAUCAACAUCUGGCCAGAAGCAACUGUGGACUUACAAGAGCAAUGUCGGGAGCACAAGGGUGAAAAACUGACAGCACUCUGUGAGGACCAUAAUCAACUGCUCUGUCAUGUCUGCCAUAUCCACACACACAAAAAUUGCACACAUGUGGUCCUAAUAACAGAUAAGGUUAAAGCCCUACAGCAGGGUGGAGAGUUCAAGCAGUUAUCAGCAAUGUUGGAUACAUUUUGUAAGAAGUUGAAUCAGAAGAAAGAUGACUUUGAAGAAAGUAUACAGUUUGUGGACAAAUCACACAAGCAAAUUCUAGAAGAAAUAAAUACUUCACAUACGAAAAUUACAAAUCAAUUGGAACACCUAAAGAGAGAAACAAUAAAAGAAUUGGAUACAUUACAUGCCACAUUAAAGUCAUCUAUCCAGACAGAUAUCACACAUUGCAAUGAAUCUGUCCAAACAAUGAAUAGUCUUAUACAAAAUUUGAAGAAAAUAACAGACAAAAGUGAAAUCCUCCAUUUAAGGACAUACUCAAAAUGCCUUGACCAUUCCAUCAAGGCAGAAUCUUUUUUUAAAGAAAACUCAGCAAAGAAAGACAUACAAAUCACUUUCCAACUGGAUACAACAAUUGACCAAAUUCUUUCCACUAUGCCUGGAUUAGGAAAAAUAUAUGUCAAGCAACCACCUAAGAGAAGCAUAGCAACAGAUGCAAAACCCUCACAAGAUGAACCUAAAGCACAGAAACCUUCAUCCAAACAUCCUUACAAGGCCAAUCCAACAAGUGUUGUGAAUAAUCCAGACCAGGUGUUUCAUCCUGUAUUCAGUUCAUCCAAGAAGCCUGGCCCUGGAAACCAAUCAAGUGAUGUAAAGCAGUCAGGUCUAGUAUCAAGUUCAUCCAGUUUGCCUGAUGAUAGAAAUGACAAAGGUGCAGUGAAUAAGCCAAAGAUAGUGUCUGACCCUAACCAGGUUAUAAGAAUUAAGAGUAAGACUGCAUAUCCAGUAGCAGUGAGGGGUAAUAUAUACCAAUGUUAUAUAUCAGGCAUCUGUGAGACAGCUGCUGGAGACCUCCUCAUCAUAGACAAAUACAACAAAAAAGUGAUGCUGCUGGAUAAGACCUACAAGGUGGAGGCCGUUUAUGACUUGCCUGAUUUUCCAGAAUCCAUGUGCAACAUUGACUACAGUCUGGUGGCUGUUACUCUGGACAGCGAGGUCCACUUCAUCAGAGUGACCAAUCGGCAGUUGGUGAAGGACAGGACACUACAGCUCCAACAUGAAUGCAGAGGUAUUGCACAUCACCAGGGCAGUCUGUACAUAACAUCACUUAAAGCACUGUACCAUUACACUGUGGAUGGAACUCAAGUGAUGAAGAUGUAUGAAAAUCCAUCUCAAGCAUAUUCAGUCAGAUCCUGUGCAGUGAGUCCAGAUGGAGACAGGAUACAUGUACUAAUAUAUGUAACCAAGUACAGUAACCAGCUGGUCACCCUGUCCAGGGAUGGCAAAGUGAUCUCCACACUAAUAGAUCCAGCGCUGGUCUCGGUAUACUCUCAAGGCAUCCAUGUGACAGAGGCAGGACAAGUUCUGGUGUGUGUAGAAACUUCCAACGAAAUCCUCCAAGUCGACAAAGAUGGAACACGAAUACUGGCAGUUGUGGUCACACAACAGGAUGGUGUGACUGGACCGAUGUCUGUCUGCUACAGUACACAAAGAGGUACACUUAUUGUGGGGAUGAACGAUGAUGACUACAUUAUGGUGAUUAUGACCAAGUAAUUCAAAACAGAAAGUUUUUGCAGCAAAUGAAAACAUAUGUAUUCACGCAAUAUACACUCUCAUUAAAAAAGAGUCAUAACUAUUUACUUUUUAUUUUUAUUUAUUUGUGCAGUGCCUAAAUCAGCCACAUUUGAAAGUUAUGUCAACAAAGUGAAAAGCUUGGACAAUUAUUCACAUAAAUUAAAUAUCAUUUAAUAUGAAUUUGCGUGCAUAUUUUUGGAACAUUUUUACUAUUUCGAAUACAUAAUAUAAUAAGCAAUAUUAAAAGCCUAAAUUUGUAAAAAUGACAAUGAAAGUGAAUAAAUGCGCCACCUUUCAUAAAAAAAAUAUCAAACUGUUGGGAAAUAAUAUUUGUCAUGCAAUACAUUUUCCGAAGUAACUUAAUUCAAAACAAGGGCUGUUUGUAAAACAUGCAUGCCCCCCAUAUGGGCUCUCCGUUGUAGUGAGAGCCAUUGUGUGAAUAUGUUUUUGUCACUGUGACCUUGACCUUUGACCUAGUGACCUGAAAAUCAAUAGGGGUCAUCUGCCAGUCAUGAUCAAUGUACCUAUGAAGUUUCAUGAUCCUAGCCAUAAGCAUUCUUGAGUUAUCAUCGGGACACCAUUUUACUAUUUCGGGUCACCAUGACCUUGACCUUUGACCUAGUGACCUGAAAAUCAAUAGGGGUCAUCUGCGAGUCAUGAUCAUUCUACCUAUCAAGUUUCAUGAUCCUAGGAAUAAGCGUUUUUCAGUUAUCAUCCGGAAACCAUUUUACUAUUUCCGGUCAUCUUGACCUUGACCUUUGACCUAGUGACCUGAAAAUCAAUAGGGGUCAUCUGCGAGUCAUGAUCAAUCUACCUAUCAAGUUUCAUGAUCCUAGGCCUAAGCGUUCUUGAGUUAUCAUCCGGAAACCAUUUUACUUUUUCGGGUCACUGUGACCUUGACCUUUGACCUAGUGACCUCAAAAUCAAUAGGGGUUAUCUGCGAGUCCUGAUCAAUCUACCUAUCAAGUUUCAUGAUCCUAGGCCUAAGCGUUCUUGAGUUAUCAUCCGAAAACCAUUUUACUAUUUCGGGUCACUGUGACCUUGACCUUUGACCUAGUGACCGGAAAAUCAAUAGGGGUCAUCUGCGAGUCAUGAUCAAUCUACCUAUCAAGUUUCAUGAUCCUAGGCCUAAGCGUUCUUGAGUUAUCAUCCGGAAUCCAUUUUACUAUUUCGAGUCACUGUGACCUUGACCUUUGACAUAGUGACCUGAAAAUCAGCAGGGGUCAUCUGCCAGUCAUAAUCAAUGUACCUAUGAAGUUUCAUGAUCCUAGGCGUAAGCAUUCUUGAGUUAUCAUCCGGAAACCAUUUUACUGUUUCGAGUCACUGUGACCUUGACCUUUGACCUAGUGACCUGAAAAUCGAUAGGAGUCAUCUGCCAGUCAUGAUCAAUGUUCCUAGGAAGUUUCAUGAUCCUAGGCGUAAGCAUUCUUGAGUUAUCAUCCGGAAACCAUUUGACUGUUUCAAGUCACUGUGACCUUGACCUUUGACCUAGUGACCUGAAAAUCUAUAGGAGUCAUCUGCCAGUCAUGAUAAAUGUACCUAUGAAGUUUCAUGAUCCUAGGCCUAAGCGUUAUUGAGUUAUCCGGAAACCAUCUGGUGGACGGACCGACGGACGGACCGACAUGUGCAAAACAAUAUAUCCCCUCUUCUUCAAAGGGGGGCAUAAAUAUCUUUUAUUGCAUGUCACUUAGUUGCACACAUUUGCAUUACAAUUUGGUUAUUGAUUAGAAGGAGUACAUUGCCACUUGUUAUUUUCUACCUAUAAUUUGUUAUUAUUUUACAAAUGUUGUCAUAUGUUUGAUUUGCUAUCCAUUUGUGGAUUUGUUUGUACAUUGUUUUGCUCUUUGUGUGUGUGUGUGUGUGUGUUUCUAUUUACUCUUUUUAUAGCCAUUAUGGAGCAUUGUAUUAAUUUAUUUGUCUAUUGAUUUUUUAAAGAUAAUAAUUAAGUGUUUAACCACCACAAAUACAUUAAACUGUGAUCAAAGAUAACAUUUUUUUUAAUACUUAUAUAAUGACCCUGUCUUGUAACUGUUUACAACCAAUGAGUAUUCAGAAACAAGAGGGCCAUGAUGGCCCUGAAUCGCUCACCUGACUCAUUAAGAUCAGAUGAAAACUAUGACCUCUAUUGUCUACACAAUGUUUUUCUAUGAUUUGACCUAGUGACCUAGUUCCUGACUCUAGAUGACCCAAAUACAAUCCCAAUCCAGAUUUCAUCAAGAUAAACAUUCUGACCACAGUUCAUAAAUAUUGGAUGAAAACUGUGAGCUCUAUUGUCAACACAAGGUUUUUCUAUUUAUUUGACCUAGAUUUUUACCCCAGAUGACCCAAAUACAAUCCCACCCAGAUUUCAUCAAGAAUUCUGACCAAAUUUCAUAAAGGUUGGAUGAAAACUGUGAUCUCUAAUGUCUACACAAGGUUUUUCUAUUAUUUGACCUAGUGACCUAGUUUUUGACCCCAGAUGACCCAAAUAAAAUCCCAACCCAGAUUUCAUCAAGAUAAACAUUCUGACCAAAUUUCAUAAAGAUUGGAUGAAAACUGUGACCUCUAUUGUCUACAGAAGGUUGUUCUAUUAUUUGACCUAGUGACCUUGUUUUUGACCCCAGAUGACCCAAAUACAAUCCCAAACCGGAUUUCAUCAAGAUAAACAUUUUGACCAAAUUUCAUCAAGAUUGGAUGCAAACUGUGACCUCUACUGUCUACACAAACAAAUUGUUGACGGACGGACGCACGGACACACGCAGGCACGCACAACGGACGCCGGACAUCACACGAUCACAUAAGCUCACUGUGUCACUUCAUGACA